AUGCGUAAAUUAUCUCUUGAUCGAGUAUAUGGAUGUUCAACUGCCUAUCGUCAUAGUAUUAUUGGUUUACCAGAUAAUCGUGUUGCCUUUCUUGCCGGUUCAUAUUUAGUUAUAUUUGAUUGUUUAACAAAUGAACAACGUUAUCUAUCUUUUUCUUCCAUUGAAUAUCUUUAUAUAUCAUCAAGUGGUUUACUAAUGGGUAUAAUAGAUCGUUUCACACAAAAUGGAGAAUCACGUAUACAUAUUUAUUCUACAAAACCAAUUGAUUUAUUAUUUACUAUUGAACCCGAUCGUUUUGGUAGUUUUAUUGGAAUAACAAUUAAUACAAAUGAUAAUAUUCUUAUGAUAUUACAUAGUGAACCAGCAUACAUGAUUACUAUUCAAGAAAUUCAAACUGAAUACAAUGAACAACAAAGAUUCAAUAUGAUCGAUCUAGGUUCUGUACGCGCAGUUCAUGGAUCUGUUAUUAAUCGAAUGACAAAAAAAGAAAUUAUACCUCAUGUUGCAUAUAUUAGUUUUUGUCCAUAUUUAUCAACAAUAUUUUGUGCAACCGGCUCAGCAUUGUUUAAAGUUUAUGAAAUUGAUAAUCAGAAUGUUAAUCAACAAAUGAUUCAUUUUCGAGCUGAAUUUUAUGUAUUUACUUGUCAUUGUUGGCUUGAUGUGAAUAGUAUUCUCACAGUAACUGAUCAUGGACAUAUAUUUUGGAUUCAAGAUGGUUCUAUUCGUUCAGAUAUUAGUCUUGAAGAAUCAAUUACUAUUGAUUUACAUUUUCUGAAAAAUAAUACAUUGAAUGAAAAUUCAGGAUCUCCUUCGAUCGUAUCACCGACAAAGUCAUUAGAAAUAUUGAACGAGGAUUUGUUCAUCAAUGAUAAUAAUUUAACAAUAAUGAAUGAGAAACAAAUGGAUUCUUCAAUUAAAAGUGAUAAAAUAUCAGAAGAAGUUGUCUUAUAUCUUGAUCUUUUUACAUCAAUCGAAAUUUUACCACAUUUUAUAGUAUCAUUUCGUGAAUAUAUAUUUGUGUUUACUCCUGUAACUGUUGAACCAUUCUUUCAAAUCAUUGCUCGUUAUCGACUACAAAAAACAACUGAUUCUGAAAUACAUAAUAUUCAUAAAAUGUCCUAUAUAUUCGAUAAUAAUUCUUCGUUUAUUUAUCUUCUUACCGAUCGUAAUCAAAUUUUUCGUUAUAAAAUUAAUCAAUUAAAUCCUACAAUUGAAUUAGAAGAAAAAUAUAUUUAUGGUUUUCAUGCAUACAAUAUCUUAUCUAUUGGUUUAUGUACUCAUAAACCUUGGUUAAUCACUCUUGGUAGUGAUAAUUGGAUAAAAAUUUUCGAUUAUAAAGAUAAAGAUAGACAAAUUGUAUCAAAAUAUAUUCCCGAUGGUGCAUAUGCAAUAGCAGGAUCUGAUCCAUAUGGUUUCCAUAUAUGUCUAGCAAUGAAUAAUCGUUUUCAAUUAUAUUUAAUAACAAAUUAUGAAUUACGUUUAGUUCAUCAAUAUGAAACACGUAAUAUACGAGAUUUAGAAAUGAGUCAAUCAGGACAUUUCAUAGCUGUUAUAACGAAUAAUUUAAUAAAAAUUUAUUCAACGAUACAUUUCAAUUUAAUUAGUCAAUUACGUGGUCAUGUCGGAAAAAUUAAACAAAUUAUUUGGUGUAAAAAUGAUUCCAUUCUUAUUAGUUGUGGAACAGAUGGAAUGAUUUAUAUGUUUAAUAUUUUUACUGGCAUGAGAGAAAAUGAAAUUAUAACAAAACAAUUUCGUUAUAUCGGUAUAACUGUAACGAGUGAUUGUAAUCGUAUAUAUGCAAUAACAUCCGAUUCAACAAUUAAAAUAUUUCAUAAUACAAAUCUUGAACAAGAAUGGUCGAUUGAAAAUAAUUUUCUUCCAUCAGCUAUUUGUUUAUCGAAAUCCGAACGUUUACUUUACGUUGGUAUGACACAUGGCAUUAUUCGUAUAUAUACAAUACCAUUUACAAAUGAUUCGUAUAUUGAUUUACCAGCACAUUGUUCAAGUAUACGUCGUUUAUUAGUAUCAUAUGAUGAUGAAUAUUUAGUAUCAAUUGCUGAAUCUGCUUAUUUACUUCUGUUUAAACAAACAAGAAAUAAUUUAAAUUCGGUUUCAAGUCAAUAUCAAUUUUCACAAAUGUCUUUGAAAAAUUUCGAAAUAAUCAAUGAAUCGAAACCAAUACAACCGAUGUUUGAAUAUAUUUUAGUUACAAAAUCGGAAUUUGAUGAACAGAAAAGAAAAAUACAAGAAAUCCAAGCAAGAAUCAAUGAAUUUGAAACAGAAAAUAAUUUAAAAUUACGGUCAAAACAUAUAUCAUUUACUAAUAAUUUAAAUACGUAUUCGAAUAAAUUUCAAACAACUAUGAAACAACUUAUUUCGACAUAUGAACAAUUAAAAUCUGAAAUUGCAAAUAAUAAUGAUCAAUUUUCUCAACAAACUAAUGAUGUUGAAGAAAAAUAUGAUGCAUUAAAAAAUCAUGCUGAAGUUAUUUAUGAAAAUAAAAUGAUAGAAAUACUUUCACAUAUUCAAAAUAGUCAAGUUGAAUUAGAAAAAAUUCAAAUAGAAUAUAAAAAUAAACAAAUUGAUUUUAACGAUAAAGAACAUAUUGAUUUAAAUGAAAUAAUCGAUAAAGUUAAUUUAACACUUCAGUCAAAAUGGCAAUCAGCUGUUCAUGAUUAUGAGAUUAUUCAAGAGAAAGAGUAUGAAAUUAAUGAAUAUAUAAGACAAAUGGAAAUCGAUAUUGAUGAUGAAAUUGAAAAUGUUAAAAUUAAUUAUGAAAAUGAAUUGAAAUUUUUAAAUGAAUAUGUUAAACGUCUUACUAUGAAUGUGAGUACUCAUCGGAAACGUUACAAUGGUAUAAUUGUUCGAAUGGAAACACGUGAUGUUGAACGAAAUGAUAUUGAAAAUGAAGUUAAAGAAUUAUACAAUCGUCAAUCGGAAUUAAUUCAAAAACUUGAUCAUUUUCAUUUCAUUAUUAAAAAGAAAGAAGAUCGUAUUGGUGUUCAUGAUAUAAAAAUCCAUCGUUUACAACAACAUAUAUUACAUGUUGAAAAACGAAAAUAUGUUCUUGAUUAUAAAACAAAAUCUUUAUUAGAACGUAUUGAACCUAUGGAUCAAGAAAUAAAAGGUUUAAAAACAAAUAAUCAAAAUAUUGAACAACAAUUAACAAUUUUAAAACAACAACAAAAUAAUUUAAUUCGUCGAGAAAAUCAAUAUGAAUUCAAACUUAAUCAAUCAUAUAAACAAUUAAGUUUAGCAAAAAUAAAUCAUCAACACAUAUGGAAAAUUGUUAAACAACAAAAAGAAGCAAUAAAGAAAGCAUUUGAAUUUGUAGAAAUAAGUUGUGAAUUAGAUACAAUGAAUGUGUCAAGAGAACAAUUGAAAAAAUUUAUUCAAAAUAUGUGUAAUACAAUGGAAACUGAGCAACAAACUGAAAAUCAAUUAGAAAUACAAGGAUUUAUGAAAGAAUGGAAUAAUCAACGAAAAUGGUUACUUAAUCAAUUACAAAAUUUAACUAAAUAUACCGAAGAAAAUAAACAAAGAUUCGUUAAUAUUCAACGUGAUCAUCGUAAAGUAAUUGCACCAUUUAUAAAUCAGCUUCGUGAAUUACAUAAUUUAUUUGAUGAAAUUCAAAAAAAAAUUCAAAAACGUCUAGCAUUAUUAAAAAUCAAAACAAAUGAUCAAAGAGAAUUUUUACAAAAUAUAUCAGAUAUAUUACAUGAACAUGAUAGAUUUCAUAUAAUAAUAGAUAAAUUAUGUCAAAAUGAAUUACAUAUUGAAAUUCAAGAUAAAGAAAUUGAUCGUUUAGCUUCAAUUAUAUUUCGAUAUCAAUAUUCUACACCAUGUUUAGAAUUGAAUCAAAUAAAAUCAAUUCAUGAAAAUAACUUGACAAGAUCAACAAUUCCAUCAACAUCUAUUCGAUUAUCGACGAACAAAUAA